AUGACAGAAGACAAAUUGGCGACCAGAGACCACCUGCAACGGAAGAUGAGAGACUUGGCCCAAGACAGGGAGCAGAGACCAGCUCCAAGACAGGAUGAAAGGAUCCAACACAGAGACCAGAUCCCCUUGUCAAGGGAUGAUGAGGGAAACCCAGUGAGAGACCUGGGUCCUGAACCCCAGAUUGAUGAGAGACACCACCUUAGGGAUCAAAGACCAGAACCCAGGGGUGAUGACAGAAGACAAAUUGGCGACCAGAGACCACCUGCAACAGAAGAUGAGAGACUUGGCAUAAGAGAACAAACCCUACCACCAAGGGAUGAGAGGAGACUCCAAGUAAGAGAGGGGAGACCUGAUCUUGGAAAUGAUGAGAGAACCCAAGAAAGAGAGCAGAGACCAGCUCCAAGACAGGAUGAAAGGAUCCAACACAGAGACCAGAUCCCCUUGUCAAGGGAUGAUAGGAGAAACCCAGCGAGAGACCUGGGUCCUGAACCCCAGAAUGAUGAGAGACACCACCUUAGGGAGCAAAAACCGGAUCCCAGGGGUGAUGACAGAAGACAAAUUGGUGACCAGAGACCACCUGCAACAGAAGAUGAGAGACUUGGCGUAAGAGAACAAACCCUAACACCAAGGGGUGAGAGGAGACGCCAAGUAAGAGAGGUGAGACCUGAUCUUGGAAAUGAUGAGAGAAGCCAAGACAGGGAGCAGAGACCAGCUCCAAGACAGGAAGAAAGGAUCCAGCGAAGAGACCAGAUCCCUUUAUCAAGGGAUGAUGAGAAAAACCCAGUGAGAGACCUGGGUCCUGAACCCCAGAUUGAUGAGAGACACCACCUUAGGGAGCAAAGACCGGAUCCCAGGGGUGAUGACAGAAGACAAAUUGUAAGAGAUGUGAGAACAGAAAUUGCAAAUGAUGAGAGAAGCCAAGACAGGGAGCAGAGACCAGCUCCAAGACAGGAUGAAAGGAUCCAACACAGAGACCAGAUCCCCUUGUCAAGGGAUGAUAGGAGAAACCCAGUGAGAGACCUGGGUCCUGAACCCCAGAUUGAUGAGAGACACCACCUUAGGGAGCAAAGACCGGAUCCCAGGGGUGAUGACAGAAGACAAAUUGGGGACCAGAGACCACCUGCAACAGAAGAUGAGAGACUUGGCGUAAGAGAACAAACCCUACCACCAAGGGAUGAGAGGAGACUCCAAGUAAGAGAGGGGAGACCUGAUCUUGGAAAUGAUGAGAGAAGCCAAGACAGGGAGCAGAGACCAGCUCCAAGACAGGAUGAAAGGAUCCAACACAGAGACCAGAUCCCCUUGUCAAGGGAUGAUAGGAGAAACCCAGUGAGAGACCUGGGUCCUGAACCCCAGAUUGAUGGGAGACAUCUUCUUAGGGAGCAAAGACCGGAUCCCAGGGGUGAUGACAGAAGACAAAUUGGCGACCAGAGACCACCUGCAACAGAAGAUGAGAGACUUGGCGUAAGAGAACAAACCCUACCACCAAGGGAUGAGAGGAGACUCCAAGUAAGAGAUGUGAGAACAGAAAUUGCAAAUGAUGAGAGAAGCCAAGACAGGGAGCAGAGACCAGCUCCAAGACAGGAUGAAAGGAUCCAACACAGAGACCAGAUCCCCUUGUCAAGGGAUGAUAGGAGAAACCCAGUGAGAGACCUGGGUCCUGAACCCCAGAUUGAUGGGAGACAUCUUCUUAGGGAGCAAAGACCGGAUCCCAGGGGUGAUGACAGAAGACAAAUUGGCGACCAGAGACCAUCUGCAACAGAAGAUGAGAGACUUGGCGUAAGAGAAGAAACCCUACCACCAAGGGAUGAGAGGAGACGCCAAGUGAGAGAUGUGAGACCUGAUCUUGGAAAUGAUGAGAGAAGCCAAGACAGGGAGCAGAGACCAGCUCCAAGACAGGAUGAAAGGAUCCAACACAGAGACCAGAUCCCCUUGUCAAGGGAUGAUAGGAGAAACCCAGUGAGAGACCUGGGUCCUGAACCCCAGAUUGAUGGGAGACAUCUUCUUAGGGAGCAAAGACCGGAUCCCAGGGGUGAUGACAGAAGACAAAUUGGCGACCAGAGACCACCUGCAACAGAAGAUGAGAGACUUGGCGUAAGAGAAGAAACCCUACCACCAAGGGAUGAGAGGAGACGCCAAGUGAGAGAUGUGAGACCUGAUCUUGGAAAUGAUGAGAGAAGCCAAGACAGGGAGCAGAGACCAGCUCCAAGACAGGAAGAAAGGAUCCAACGAAGAGACCAGAUCCCUUUAUCAAGGGAUGAUGAGAAAAACCCAGUGAGAGACCUGGGUCCUGAACCCCAGAUUGAUGACAGACAUCUUCUUAGGGAGCAAAGACCGGAUCCCAGGGGUGAUGACAGAAGACAAAUUGGCGACCAGAGACCACCUGCAACAGAAGAUGAGAGACUUGGCGUAAGAGAAGAAACCCUACCACCAAGGGAUGAGAGGAGACGCCAAGUAAGAGAUGUGAGAACAGAAAUUGCAAAUGAUGAGAGAAGCCAAGACAGGGAGCAGAGACCAGCUCCAAGACAGGAUGAAAGGAUCCAACACAGAGACCAGAUCCCCUUGUCAAGGGAUGAUAGGAGAAACCCAGUGAGAGACCUGGGUCCUGAACCCCAGAUUGAUGAGAGACACCACCUUAGGGAGCAAAGACCGGAUCCCAGGGGUGAUGACAGAAGACAAAUUGGGGACCAGAGACCACCUGCAACAGAAGAUGAGAGACUUGGCGUAAGAGAACAAACCCUACCACCAAGGGAUGAGAGGAGACUCCAAGUAAGAGAGGGGAGACCUGAUCUUGGAAAUGAUGAGAGAAGCCAAGACAGGGAGCAGAGACCAGCUCCAAGACAGGAUGAAAGGAUCCAACACAGAGACCAGAUCCCCUUGUCAAGGGAUGAUAGGAGAAACCCAGUGAGAGACCUGGGUCCUGAACCCCAGAUUGAUGGGAGACAUCUUCUUAGGGAGCAAAGACCGGAUCCCAGGGGUGAUGACAGAAGACAAAUUGGCGACCAGAGACCACCUGCAACAGAAGAUGAGAGACUUGGCGUAAGAGAACAAACCCUACCACCAAGGGAUGAGAGGAGACUCCAAGUAAGAGAUGUGAGAACAGAAAUUGCAAAUGAUGAGAGAAGCCAAGACAGGGAGCAGAGACCAGCUCCAAGACAGGAUGAAAGGAUCCAACACAGAGACCAGAUCCCCUUGUCAAGGGAUGAUAGGAGAAACCCAGUGAGAGACCUGGGUCCUGAACCCCAGAUUGAUGGGAGACAUCUUCUUAGGGAGCAAAGACCGGAUCCCAGGGGUGAUGACAGAAGACAAAUUGGCGACCAGAGACCACCUGCAACAGAAGAUGAGAGACUUGGCGUAAGAGAAGAAACCCUACCACCAAGGGAUGAGAGGAGACGCCAAGUGAGAGAUGUGAGACCUGAUCUUGGAAAUGAUGAGAGAACCAAGACAGGGAGCAGAGACCAGCUCCAAGACAGGAUGAAAGGAUCCAACACAGAGACCAGAUCCCCUUGUCAAGGGAUGAUAGGAGAAACCCAGUGA